AUGUUCGUCAAAUCAGUCCACGCAGCUGCGGUGGCAGCAACCAUCACCGCGCCUAAGGAUAUGAACAUCGCAGAUACCGCGUCCAUUCGCAGCGUAGCAAGCACUAUUGCUCACGGUACCAUGUCGUUGUACACCGGUAACAUCACGAACACAGAAGAAACAAUUGCAGUUUGGCCUGCUCCAAUUUACUGGUGGGAAUCUGGAGCAGCCUGGGGAGCUAUGCUUGACUACUCUCAUUACACGGGCGACUCGACCUACAAUGAUGUAAUUACGCAAGCCCUGCUCUCACAACUUGGACCCGACUUCGAUUUGAUGGUCCCCACACACUAUGGUAGCGAAGGGAACGACGAUCAAGCUUUCUGGACAUUCACUAUUCUGGAGGCUGCGGAGCGAAACUUCCCCCAGCCUGACGAUAACACUCCAGCAUGGCUCGAUAUAGCCAUCAACGCUUGGAACACGAUGGUUCCAAGAUGGAACACGACAAAGUGUGGAGGAGGACUCUACUGGCAAAUUUUUGAAGACAAUCCGAACGGCAUGACCUACAAGAACUCAGUCAGCAAUGGCGGUUUCUUCCAGAUCUCAGCCAGGCUUGCUCGUGCUACCGGAAACAACACCUAUCUUGAUUGGGCGCAAAAAGUUUGGGACUGGUCAGAAUCCGUCGGAUUUGUCAACGACACUACUGGCAGUGGCGCGUUGGAUGUGCUGGAUGGAGCGGGAGACGAAGAUAACUGCGAGAAAACCAACCCGGUUUCAUUCUCAUACUCGCAGGCGAUAUAUCUCUAUGGCGCUGCUGUCUUGUACAACUACACCAACGGCGAUCAGACCUGGGGUGACAGGGCGACCAGACUGUUGAAGGGUACUGAGUCAUAUUUCAGUCCGUUCGACAACGCGACAGACAUCAUGUGGGAGCAUGCCUGCGAAACGUACGAUAUCUGUAAGACGGACAUGCUGAGCUUCAAAGCAUACAUGUCCCGGUUCAUGUGGGCAACGACCAAGAUGAUGCCGUCAACGCUCUCCGAAAUCUCACCGAGACUAACGGUGAAUGCUGCGGCAGCCGGCAAAGCUUGUUCUGGAGGGGAAGGGGGUACGACCUGCGGUUUCAAGUGGUAUACCGGGGGCUUUGACGGAAACUCUGGCCUCGGUCAGCAACUGUGUGCGCUCGAGACGAUCCAGGGUUUACUCGUUCAGGAGGCGACGCCACCUUUCAAGGCUGGGGAGAUUCAGCGUGUCAAAGGCAAUUCGGAUCCGGUCAGCACAGCGAGUCCAACGCCUACCAAGCGAUCCAACGGCGCUGUCACGCUGGGCGCCCCCGCUUUCACAUUCGUCUGGCUGGGUUUAGCAUUUGUGUAUAGUAUGUAUUAG